AGGGAGGGUGGGAAUCAAGCGGGUUAUUUUAACUUCAUGUUUGUAUUGCACAAUUGUUUUAGAAUUGCAAAGGUCCCUGAGUAAGUUCUAUGUCUAGAACUAAACGCGUGAGGCCGCUACUUUUUUACAAAUAAAUCGUUUAUAUAUUUGAUUCCUGCUUCCUUCUGGUUCUUGUGUUCCCAAGGAGUGAGGUGAAUUUCUACUAACCCCCUAGGGGAAUAGGCGUGGCAUCUUUAAGGCGCUUUGACUUUAUCCAUUCUGUGAGUGCUUCCAGUAGCGUGUUUUAAUACAUGCUUAAUACUUUAUCACGCUAUGUGUUAAUUGUUCUUUAGGUUACAACAGCUGUAUCACUUUUUUUUUUCUGCAUACAAACUUUCACAUGAGUCUGUUCAUAGUUAAACGGAAACUAUAGUGCCAGGAAAACAAAGCUGACGUCAGCCGGAUGGGGAGACCUAAUGCGCAUGCUUAAUCCAGUGUGGUGUUACAACUUGGGGAACUGGAAUAUCCAUUUAAUUACCGUAAUUAUUAUACCUCAAGUCUUAAACUCUCUAUUUUUUUUUAACCGAGGAGGUAUACGGCAUUCAAAAUCUUUAGUCAGUCCUUCUAUUAGUCCAACAGAGGCAACUCCAAUCCAACUCCAUCAUGGUAGUAAUUUUGGUGGGCUAUUGGCAGUAGUUUUGAUUUAACAUAUGUUUUUCUUUGCAGUACUGUGGAAGCUGCUGAAAAGAAGUCGGACAAGUAGAAGAACUGUACUCCUCCUCGGUGUGUGUGAUUCAGGAAAAACACUCAUCUUGAGCAGGGUAUGAUGUAUACAGAUAAUCUGUGAUCUUUCAGGCUGAUAACUUACCGAUUCCGAUAUUCUGUACAUUUGCCAUUUUGAAAAAAGAAACAAUUUCUACACAAAUCUUCUGUUAACUGAACAUAUUUAUAAUUACUUAUUUUUGAUAAAGUGGUAAAUGCACAAAAUAUACAUGCCAUUUAGAUUUAUUUAUUUUCAAGAAUAUUUAGUGUACUCCUCCCUUCCCUGUGCCUUAGUGUUCCUCUCUCCUCCCUGUCAUUUAGUGCGCCUCUUCCUUCCCCCCGCCUGUACCUUAUUGUUCCUCUCCCCUCCCUGUCCCUUGGUGUUCCUCUCCCCUCCCUCCUGUAGUGUUCCCCCCCCCACCCCCCUUUAGUGUUUCUCUCCCCUUCCUGUCUUUUACCCACCCCCUUCGUGCUCUUUCUCUCCCAGAUGUGCCACCUAGCUUUCUAGUAGCGUGGCCAGGCGGCGUGAACCACGGUAGGACCCGCCUUAUGGACGCACCGGACAAAAUCCAUAACAUCAGCCAAUAAUAUAAACCGCAAAUACUGGCAGUUUAAAGACUAUAGACAAUAGUGUUGCAUAGAAUUAGACUGCACAUUUUUUUUUUUAUUUAUUUUUUUUUUAUAUAACAAACAUGCUUAGUAUAGAAAACAAGAUAUUGGUCAUUUGUCUUAGCUGCAGGCAGAUUAGGUUAAAUAGGAUGUGGAGACACCAGGAAGAUGAUCAAUGCUACAUAUAACAUGUGUGAAACACUGGAAUCUAGAGAACUAGCUAAACAUGCAUGGGCUGUAGACAAAAUGGUUACUACUGGAGGCAUAGGAGUUCCUAUCUUGAGCAGAAGGACCGCAAGUAGUGAGGAGUCCACGGUAGGCAGACUCCUACAGCCUACAAGACACAUCGAACUCCUUGAAAGUGGCUGCAGAGUUGGUGUUUAGGGCAGUGUCCCCAGAGAGUCCCCGCUUGCAUGAAUCUCUGGUUGUACGAUUUGGACCAUGCGUUGGGAUAGUCCUCCAUGCCUGCUCCCAACUCGGGAGGAGAGCGACCCACCUCCGCAAGCCACACCUCAGGUAAGUAGAGCUGAUGCGUUUUCACCGUUAGACCGAGCCAGAAUCGGACAAACAUGGCAUCAAAAACUGCCUUCCUUUGCUGCUGCUUUUCCUCCAUCGAGAGCUUGGUUACAAGAACGUUGGACAUCUUGUUUUGUUAGAAGCUUUGGAUAUUUCCAUCUGGUGUUGGGUCCAGUGUUUGCCUGCCAUUUUAGUGUGAACUGGGAUAACCACUACCGGUCCAGAGGCUGGGGGGGACAGGCUCCAACAGGACUCAUCGAUAGAUUCAGCAGCUGCAGAGCGGGAGAUCGGCAGCAUCCACCACCUCCAGGGUCCACUAGGCCUCAAAGGCUGCAUCUCAAGCUCCAUGUCGUAGAGAUCUAUGAAAGCUCAAUUCUGGAGUAAGGGAUUCCUCCACAAUGCAGAGACAAGCAAGUACUUGCUUAACUGCAGUAUCAAGGCUUAAAACCACAAUUUAAUCUGUAAAUUCAAGAUUUGGUGAGGAGCCUAACUCAGACACAUCUGCUCAGCCUUGUUUGCUAUUUUCCAUUUUAGCUUUCCUUCCACGUUGUUUCCAGUGUGUGGGUCCAUGCAAUAAGUAGUUUAGCUAAUGAUUGGUUUGAAAAAACGUUUUUUUUUUGUUUUUUUUUCUUUAUUCCAGCUGUUAACAGGAAAGUACAAGAUGACACAGAUGUCUAUCAGUGCACUUUCCGCUACUUACAGAGUAAAAAGUGACAAGGUAAGGCCUAUUGUCUCAAUCAACUACCUAAACAAUUAUCGCCACUAUUAAGACAGUGAACUUUUGUAUUUAAAGGAACCCUUUAGCAUUAGGAAUACAAACAUGUGUUAUAUUAAAUAUUAACUAUUUGUAGUAUCAUGCCUACCUGUUUCUAUUAGAAAAAGAGUUUUACUCGCCUUUAUUCUUCUGUUAACCGGUCUUGCUGCGAUCACCUCCAUUGGCUGAGAUCAUUAAUCCUGAUCUCAGCCAAUCUAGUGCUUCCCCAUAGAGAAUAAUUGGCAGGCUAGUGUGCAUGCUCAGCAAUCACUGUUCAGCAUCUCCUCAAUGUCAAUGUUGUUGAAUGCUCACGGUGAGUGUUUAGCCGAACUUCGAUUCAGGAAGUCCCUUUAGUGGCUGGACAAGUGAAAAGGCCGCAUUAAUAUGGCAAGGCUCUUUGCCCCAGAACCAUUGCAUUAAACUGUAAUGGUUCUGGUGAUUAGAGUGUCCGUUUACUAACUUAACAUAAAUAGUUUUGAUUUCAUUUAAAAUCUUAUGUUCUGGAUUCAGAUUCCCAAUGAAUUAAUGAAAUCUACAAGGUUCAUGUUGCAGAUUAAAGUGAAAUAAAAAUAUGACCAGACACCCACUUCAACUGCAUUAUGUUGAUAAUUAAUUAAAAAACGUUAUGCAAAAAUAAUAAGCUCCGGCAAAUUCAUAUAUUUUCCUUGAGUGUCUGCUGAUCUUUCUUUGUAUUGUAGAAUUAUCCACAUUUUUCUUCUACAGUCUUUAAAUGCAGAUAAUUUGCUUUUGUAAAUAUUGUUGGUAAGAAAUUUCACCAAUUAUAUUUCACAUAAGCAAAAGUGCAGCAAUUACAUUGGUGUGUAACCUAUUACCCAUUUGGAAAGGGAAGGGGGGGGGGAGAGAGUGAGAUCAUCUUCAGUAACCCUACAGGCUCUGGCUGCAUUGUGGUCGAAUAGCUCUGGUAUCUUGUAGCUAGUUAGAGGACUACAAAAUUUUCCAUCCCAACUAUUCACAAUGAGUGGAGGUAGGGAUUACAUUUACUGGUGUGAAGCCACUGGGUGAAGAAAAAAACCUUAAUCUUCUUGGUCCUGGUUACUUAGACUUGGUUUGGCUCACAACUGUAUAAAGCAGUCCUUCAAUUAGCACUGAUAGGCACAGAUUUCAGAUGUGAUGUUACAGUUCUACUUGUCUAAGUAUUUAUUGAUAUCUUAAUACACCAUACAACAUCUCAGAUGUAUAAACCAGGUGCUGGUUAAUAGUGUCACAUGUUCAAUUUCAAACCAUAAACAACCUAUUUACGUGAAAUAUAAUUGCUGUGUUAAUUUAUGAAGAUCUGUACAAGUUUUUAUUUUUUGCUAUUUAUGUAUCUGGUUCUGUAAGUAUUAUGAUGCUGUUUAGUGUCACAUUUUUUUUAAUAAUUUGGUAGGCAUUGGCAUACUCUCAUUUUAAGUGAUUUCACUGAUCAUAGUCUUUGUCCUUUUUUCUAUUUCACCCACAGGGGCCCAGUUUGACUUUGGUUGAUAUUCCUGGAUAUGAAAGUCUGAGACUUCACUUCUUGGAACAAUAUAAAGCAGCUGCCAGGUAGACAAACCAAUUAUAACUACCUCAGAGCGCUUCUUAGUUCAGUCUGUCGUAGAGAGCCGGAGAUACAUAUGCCCUUGGUAGGAGCUAGGAACUAAUUGUGCUUGUCAUGUAGUUAUCACUUGACAUUCCGUAAAAGAAAUUGGCAUUUUAUGAUAAAACAUUUAAAGGAACAUUCCAUGCACCAUAUUGCAGUGUGCUGUUGUGGUUAUGGUGCCAUUAGUGUCCUAGAUCAUCCCCGCUAUAAAUAGUGCAAUUGUUAUUAUAUAGACCUAUACACCACAGGGCAUACUUAAAAACUAGCAUAAUGUUAACACUUUUCCUGGUUAUAUUACACAUUUAUAUAUGUUUUAUUUAAUUGGCAAAAUGAUGGUAUUUCCAUUUUAUUUAGGCAUCAUUGCAUCUUAAUAUCACUACGGCAUGUUAUAAAUUAUAGAUAAACCUAUAUUUAGAAUAUAUAUUUGCUUAUAAGAGAUUCUCAUAUAAAGUAUUGAUUAAGAUUUAAUUUUCCUUAUAAUUUAUCCUUACCUGCAUGCUACAGGGGCCUGCUGUUUGUGGUGGACAGCUCUGCAUUCCAGCGGGAGGUGAAAGAGGUUGCAGAACUCCUAUAUCAGCUUCUAACCGACGGCGCUGUGCUCGAAAAUACUCUACCAGUACUUAUCGCAUGUAAUAAGCAAGGUGUGUUCCCUUUGAGAUCAGUGGUGAGACAGUCAUAAGUCUAAGAUUCAUUUUAAAGUUUGCCUGUCAUCCACAGUAUGUGUUCAACUUCAGGUUGGUAUCAGUCCAGGCUAUAUGUUUUGCUGGUAACAAUCACAAGUAGAUGCACUUCACAUGGUCUCCAAUACUGGAUGUAAAGGUUAAGCAUGCUUAAAUGAUUGGAGUCAAAUCUCAUAAGUAUUGUGGUAAUGGGACUGUCAUUUUGGGGAGCUGCUGCUCUUGGAUUCCAUAGAUAUAGUCUCUGUUGACGUGCUGGUGGCUCAGUAGUUAAGCCCAGGAUGGUCAAAUUAACAUACAGUACUAACUUUCCAUUUAUAAAUUUGCUAACAAGUUGGCUAGGAUAAUAUAUAGAUGAUAUUUUAUCCAAACAGGUUUUUUUCACUAAACAAACAGUUGUACAGUAGUGAUGUCCCGAACGGUUCGCCGCGGACAGCGAACAUAUGCGGUAAACUUUGACCCUGUACCUCACAGUCAGCAGACACAUUCCAGCCAAUCAGCAGCAGACCCUCCCUCCCUCCCAGACCCUCCCACCUCCUGGACAGCACCCAUUUUACAUUCAUUGUGAAGCUGCAUUCUUAGUGAGCUGUCCAGGAGGUGGGAGGGUCUGCUGCUGAUUGGCUGGAAUGUGUCUGCUGACUGUGAGGUACAGGGUCAAAGUUUACCGCAUAUGUUCGCCGUCCGCGGCGAACCGUUCGGGACAUCACUAUUGUACAGUAGAGAGAUGUUGGAAUUUUAGGUUAAAAGAUUUAUAAGAAUAGCAGAGUUUGAGCAUGUUUUCACUUUGACCCUUUUGGCUUCAAUUUGCAAUUAUGUCUGUUCUCCAUUGAAGAUUUAUUAUGGAUGAAGUGCCUCUGAUUCCUCAUUAUUUAAUGCCUCCACAAGGUGCAAAGAGCUGCUUUACUCCUUUAAUCUUGUUAAUACAUGUGUGAUGUGUACAAAGGGAGGCUCUGUGGCUCAGUUCCAAAAAAUAUUACUGAUGUCGGUGGCUAUCACUGAGUGAUAGCUUGUGGCAAAACUAGCCACUUAAGACUGUAUGUUCAUUAAUGUGAUGCUGUGGCUUUAAGGCUAUCCGAGCUGAGUGUAUUCCCCUGUCUGUAUUUGAUACGAACGAGAGCAUUCGUAUGCUGGCGGAAUGAAAGCCACCAGCAUUCAUACAGUAGUUUCACGAACACUGAAUUUCAACACUGUUCGUGAAACGAACAAACUACCGAAUGGGAGACCACACACAGUAGGUCGUGUGGCUCCCAUUAAGUAAUGCAACAUUGUAUCUUUCUGUAGUUAAGAUGUUCAAGGUGGCCACCGUUCAGCUACCGACCACGCGGCGGUCGGCCAUCUUGGAUCCUUUGUUAGGCCAGCGGUAUUUUGCCGUUGAGCGCUUGGAACUAAAAUCGGCUACUCGACGGCACGAAUACCGCUGGACUUCCAGGCCGUUCGGGAACAUCUGUAUUUUAGCCCUGUUGGUCUAUUCUUGCCUUUCUUAAAAAAUUUAUGUCUAAGUGUAUUUCAUGCUGCGUUCAGCUAAUUGUGCUGGUACUUUCACGAAGUAUGCGCUCAGUCUCCAGCUAUCUGCCAAACGGUCAUUCGGUAUAAUAGUAUGAAUAAUGUUAGUUAUAUAUUUUUAUGUAAAAAGCCAGUUCUGCUGCACGGAGGGAUAAUCCACUUAACUGGAUAUUUUACUGGGAGUAUCCCUCUCGUUGAUUCAAAUCUUUCUAAUACUUGUAUAAACCUUACAAGUUGUGUAUUUUAUUUAUACAGACAUCUCCAUGGCCAAAUCUGCCAAAUUAAUACAGCAGCAGUUGGAGAAGGAGCUGUAAGUAUUACUUGACAUCCAUUAUCCUAUCAUUCUAGUUCAUGUCUGAUCUGGGUACAAGUGUGUUGUAAAUGCCUGUAUUUUACGUUAGACAUCUGGCUCCUCGAUUGCCACCUGUGCUGCACACUUUGCACAAUACAAGCUCCUUUGUCUUGAACACAUCAGUAUUUCUUUGAAAUUCCCUUCAUGUUUCAUUGCUUUGUCCUCAAUUAUAGUAUAAUGGUCAUUAUGUUUCAUUAGUAGACUCUGAUUGUGUAUGGACCGCCAAUUUCAUUGCUGUGUUUCUUUCCACUAACAGCAACACACUGCGUGUAACCCGUUCAGCUGCUCCUAGCACUCUGGACAGCAGCAGCUCCUCGACUAUUCACCAACUUGGCAAGAAGGGCAAAGACUUUGACUUCUCCCAGUUGCCUAUGAAGGUUGAAUUUGUGGAAUGCAGUGCAUGGGACAGUAAGAAGGAGGAGAGCGAUGCCAACCUCAGCAGUAUUGAAGACUGGCUGGCCAGGCUUGCAUAACUGGUGUUCUCGACUGUGGCACUUGGUUAGAAGGGGAUUUUGUCACUGAUGGGCACCUUCCUAUUGAUAAUAAAGCAGCCAGACAAUUAAGCCUGGCAUUUCUCUGAGACCCAUCAGUAGGGACAGCUGGAUAUGUUUGCAGCUGAUUCAUGGCACUCCAAAUAAAUGGAAUAGACUUUGACUUGCGUUUUCCAUCAUAUAAGCUUCUGACAUACAGGACAGUGUUACAUUGCAGCGUCUGAAGAGCCUUUAUGCUGCCAAAAGGGUUUUCAAUGUUCCCAUUGUGUUUCUAUAUUGGAUUAUCCCAAUGUAUUUCUAUGUGCAAAAUAAAGUUAAGAUUUAAGAUUGUCUCUUGAAAUACAUUUUUUAAUACAGUAAUAAUAGCAAUUAAUACAUAAUACAGUAUUAUGAGUAUAUAAUGUCAUGGUUUCAAUGAAAUGGCUGUAUUAAAUGAUCAUUGGAAAAAUAUAUUGUAACUUGGGGUGGGGGGAGUUGUUCAACCGCUUGCAAAAAUGUAAGAACAUAUUUCUAAUCUGUUUCAAAACACUGAAAUCCAUCAUGUUCAACCUCUCAUACAUCGUCUUAUCGUCU